AUGUUGAUGGUAGACAGGAUCCUUUCAUCUCAAAAAAAGAGGAGUCUCAUCUGUUGCAUAAGCCCUGCCUCUCCUGGAAGCAACUAUGUCGGCCAUGGGGUUGCUGCCUCAGUGAAUGUCAAUGCCACGUUCGACUCCCCAAAUGCCUGUCCUGUUGUACCUGCCGCCGGCGUCAGAGCAGCGGCCGCCGCCAAUCCGGCUCCGACUCCAACUCCAACUCCAAUUGCAGCAGUUGUUGGGGGAAACCAACUUGCAAGAGGGGCAACUGCAAUGGUUGUUGCCUAA